UGGCUGGAAAAAAACUACAACUCCCUUAGCAUACAGUGGCUGUCAUUACUGUAUUGUAUACAUGGCUUCUGUUGGUAAGUAAAGAGAGGUCGCGGACGACGUCUCAAGCAUAUAUAUCAUUAAAUGGUAUUUAUAGGCUGCUAUCGUAAUUCACGAUUUGGGUCAUGAUGGAGAAUGAGGAUUCAACACCAUUGUACGAGCUGAGGUUUGAUGCCGCUGUCAAAGUGAUACAAAGCUUGCCACCAGACGGUUCUUUUCAGCCCUCUAAUGACAUGAUGCUCAAGUUUUACAGUUACUACAAGCAAGCCACCCUUGGACCUUGCAACAUACCGAGGCCUGGCUUUUGGGAUCCGGUGGGCAAAGUCAAAUGGGAUGCAUGGAAUGAUUUGGGAGAUAUGUCCAAAGAAGAGGCCAUGACCGCUUACGUUGAGGAAAUGAAGAAGAUCCUGGAGGGCAUGCCCUGCACCAGUGAGGUGGAGCAGCUCCUGAAGGUGUUGGGACCCUUCUACGAACAGGUGGAAGAAAAUAAAAAGAUCAACCAGGUGUCAGACCUCUCCGCAGCCCGUUUGGCAAAGUUUGCUAAACAGCUUGAAGGAUUUGGAACCAUGCUAUCAUCAAAAAGUGUCACGAAGAGUAUCAUUCGGACCAUGGAGAUGAACGGCACCUUGGAGACACGACCACCCAGGCAGGGUGUGAAUGUAGCGGAGCCCAACGUCUUCGCACUAAAGGAACACAGCGAGGAAGAGGAGUUCAGGUUUGAUGAGGAAGAUGACAUGGAGGAGGAGGAGGAGGAAGAACCUUCUGAGAAAAACGCAAGAAAAGCCUCGGCCACAAAGCCAAAAAAAAAGUCCUCAUCCGGGAGGCCUGAGGUGAACAGGACAGUGGGGAACGGGUUGGGUCUCCUGUCCAACGGGAGUCUCUCCUCCAAGUCCUCCCUAAACAGUGAGGAUCCUGUGGAAGGGCUCACCAACCACCCGCUGCCUCUGGAUCCUCCCGUCCAGGUGAACGGCCACCACGCGGAUCUGGAUGGAUUCGGACUCCAGCAUGCUGCCAACGACUCGGACAGCGAGGUCUACUGCGACUCCAUGGAUCAGUUUGGCCUGGAAGAGGGUUCUGCGGGCCACACUGACCGUUGCCUCGAGUUGGAUGAAGAGGAACAGGGGGAGGAGAGGGAGAACCACAGCCCCCUGUCUGAUCAGGAGGGGCCCGCAGAGGCACCGUGCGGGACCCCUGACGACACCCAGGGGCCGCCACCGGGUGUCCAAUGUGGUGGGGAGGACGGGGCGUCAGGGGGAGGGGUGUCUGAGAGACGCAGACUGAAUAACGAUAAGCCCCGAAGCUCCCUGGUCAGAAGAGAACGAAGCUCCAGGUCAUCCGGGCAUGACCCCGGGGCCUCGGGGCCCUUGCAGUGUAGUGGGGGAGACGGGGGGAGCUGGAGGGAGGCGGGGGCGCCAGGAGGCAGUCUGAACGAGCACAUCGUCGUGGCGCUGGCCCGGCUUCAGGAAGACAUGCAGAGCGUCCUGGAGAGGCUCCACACACUGGAGGCCCUGACAGCGUCCCAGGCAAAGUCAUUGUCUCUACCGUACCCACCAUCACCACUGGCACAGAAGAGCCGUAAGAAACCGACCUGGUGGCCGUUCGAAGUCUCUCCCGGUACCGUUGCGUUUGCAGUGCUUUGGCCGUUUGUGGUGCAGUGGCUCAUCCGACAAUUCCUUCAGCGCAGGAGAAGAAGAAUCAACUAAGGAGCCACCAGGCCCAAAGAUGCAGAGCAACUUGGAGCACUCUUAAAAACAAAAAAAAUAGUAUUUGAUUGGGCAACGGCUGUAGUUUCCUUUCCGCUUUCCCUUUCAGCUUUCCCCAACAUGUCUUUGACUCUAGCUUUUGCACUACGAAAAUGGCACUAGGACUAAUGUGUGGUGGAAGCCUUGCAAUCCACUGGAACUAGAAUUGAAAUCAAAAGAGAAAUGUGAAUGUAUUUGACAGUAGCUUAAAAUUUAAGCAGACUUGAUGAACCAGUUAUUUUACUACAUUUGUGUUUUUUUUCAUAAUGACAAGGUUUUAACUUGGGAGACAAAUCUAUUGGUUGUUGCGUUACGUUGAGUGAGACAAUGUUCGUAGGUUGCUAUGGUUUCUCUUUAAUUUUGCUGUAUACCAUAAUAGUUCUGGGCAUUAGGAGAGCCGACUUAUUCAACUUGUCUUGCAAAUGCCUGGCGUGGAUAUACCGCUACAGAAAGCCCACGCCAUAUAUGAUAAUAGUUGCUUAGGCAAUGCUGCUAAUAUAUUAUUACUGUAGGUAGACCAAGUAUAUACUGUAUAAUUGUGUUCUUCAGAAUGUACAUUUAAUUCUGAAAACGUGUUAAUUUAUUAUUUUUAAUGACAUGAAAUGAAGUCUUUAUCAUCUAGCCCAUUUGGGUUGUAAAUUACCGCUAAAGGUCUUCUCCAGGAUGUUGUUCAUGUUUUAAGAAAUAUCCUGUUUCAUCAUGGCGUUAUACACCUAAUUUAUGUCUGUUGUGCAUUUCAUCAAUCUGUGAUAAGUGCCUUGCCAGAUUUCGGUAAAUGGGAUAUUGCAGAGCUGUGUGAAAUAUAGCUUUGAAUUAUUACAAUUCUCUUUACUCUUGAGGAAACACAGCUCAAAAAUAUUUGUAGCGUUGGACCAAAUUCUGAUAAAAAUGUUUAAAGUCUAUCAGACAAAAAUAAAUAAGUAGUUAUCCAUCCUUCUUGUUUAGGCCAGAGACCAAGCUGUCAAGAACACAGAACAUGCAGUUCUUCUCUUGUGAAGUACAUUGUUCCCAAAUGUAUGUUCCAGAUGCUUUUGGAGCUCGAGUAACACUUUGAAACAAGCAGAACUUUUAUAAGUUGAUGACAUUUCAUAUUGUUUUAAUAUCUGUUAAUAGCAUUUUUUUUUUUUAUGUAGCAAUGUAUAUUACACAUUUUUGAUGUUGUAAAGCAGCUGUGGCCACGGAAAUAUACGUGAUCUGAACAGGGAUAAUGUAUGGACUGUAAUGUUUAAAAAAAAAACAAUUACCUUUAAUUGAUUUUCAGCUUAAUUAUUUUUAUGUAGUGUACAUUGUACACAAUAACAGCUGUAUAGUCCUUAUAAUGACAACAUGAAGAUUAAAUUGCAAUAUUUUAAUUGCAUUCUGUUUUAAUUUAAUGUAGAAUAUUAAUCUGUGUCAAAUUAGUAUUGGUAAAGUGAGAUUGACAUUGGCAACAGAGCGGAUAUUUUCACAGCCAUCAAUUUGUUAAAUAAUACAAACUUUCUACUAAAUCUGAUGCUUUCUCACCUUCUCUGCCUUAAGGGGUAGAUGGUUGUUUGCAUGUGAUUGAUUAUCCAAGGCACAAAAUAAAGUUUGAAUAUAG